CUGAAAAUUAAAGAAAAUAAUUUAAAAAGUAUUUAAGCAAUUAAUAUAGCAAUAAUGACGUCUAGUAAUUCUGGAGCGGUAUUUUUCUUGGGAUCCAGGGCGCAUUAUCAGGUCUUACAACAACCCGAAUCGCAGUCCUACGACGCAGAGAACGGUAAUGCGUCCACGGAGACGAUAUAUCGCAAUCCGUCCGCGCGCGAGUUGACCGACAACGCGGAGUAUGGCGAGAGGAACUGGAACUAUGAGCAUAAUACUAAUAUGACAGAAGAUAAGGAGAAGCUAGAAAUUGGAAACGGAGUGAAAAGACGCACUAAACGUCGUCAGAGCGAGACGACACUGUGUGAGAAAGACAAUGACAUGAAGCCUGCAUUAUUGAAUAAUGUUGGAGAUAGCAGCACGCCAAAAGCCAAGGCUCGCCGGCGGCUGGGCAUCCCGCUAUUCCUGCUGUCUCUCGGCCGCCGCCGCCAUGAGCCGGAGCGGGCGCAGUAUCUGCAGUAUAUAGAGAGCGCGCUUGCGUGCACCUACCGCGGGUCUUGCCGGUGCUUGGACUGCCAAAGCCGCUACUUCGAAUGCGACGAGAGUGAAGACGAAAGUUCAGAAGACAGCGAGUACAGCGCGCAGUACCAGCCAGAGCCGGUCAGCGUGCAGCAGUGCGAGGAUGAUGAUGAUGAUGAGGUGUUCAUAGACACGCCACCAGACGACAGCACAUCCUGCGAGCUGCUUCUAUCCCAGGAGCCUGUGUCCCGCGUGUCUCCGGUGUCCCCCCGAGUAUCUGAGGAAGAUGAUGACAUGCAGCUGGAAGUCGCGGCUGGUACUCCCGUGCUGCUUAAUUAUCUGCUGACUCAUCCCGUCACCUGCAGCGUGCAGUGAUGCCCUCACUGCGUGCCCCGAGAGAGAGAGAGAGAGAGAGUGAGAGUGUGUGUCUAGUGUCCAAUGACUGCUCUAGUGUCAGUCCGAAGAGUCACUAGAGUCAGAUCUUCGAGUCUCCAGUUAGUUCUUCGAGCAUCUUGAGUCUCUAGUCAGUCUUUCGAGCAUUUUGAGUCUUUGAAGUCAGGUCUUCGCGUCUCUAGACUCAGCCCUUCGAGUCUCUUGAGUUUCUAGAGUCAGUCCGGGGAGUCUUGAGUCUCUAGAGUCAGUCCUUCGAGUCUCUUGGGUAUCUUUUCCCUCCGACGAGUCUCUAGAUUCAGUCCUCCUUGUCUCUAGACACUCUAGAGUCAAUCCUCCUUGACUCUAGCCUCUAGAGUUGUCCUUCGAAUCUUUCUAAUCCUCGUCGACUCUCGCCUGUCGCUUCUGUCCCAGAAGCCUGUGCCCCGCGUGUCUCCGGUGUCCCCCCGAGUCUCUGAGGAAGAUGAUGACAUGCAGCUGGAAGUCGCGGCUGGCACUCCCGUGCUGCUUAAUUAUCUGCUGACUCAUCCUGUCACCUGCAGCGUGCAGUGAUGCCCUCACUGCGUGCCCCGAGAGAGAGAGAGUGAGAGAGUGUCUCUAGAAUCAGUCUGGAGUUUCUAGAGUCAGUCCUUGGUCUCU